CCAAGAAUUUCUCACAGCGGGAGAAAGGCCAAAGAGUAUGCGCAAACCACGCCUCACUCGGAUCAUCGUUCAGUCGUCCAGCCAUCUUAGUAGCCAGUCCGACGAUUGUAGUGGACAUAGUAUCACGAACUAACAGAAGAAGGGUCGCUAUUACCAGUAACUCCAAACCUAGUAUCGAUGCCAUUCGGGCAGAUCGUGAUUGGCCCGCCAGGCUCUGGAAAGACCACUUAUUGCAAUGGCAUGCAGCAAUUUAUGCAGCUUCUAGGAAGGAAAGUGGCAGUGAUCAACAUGGAUCCUGCCAAUGAUCGCCUGCCGUACGAGUGCGCAGUGAACAUUGAGGAGCUCAUCCGCCUGGAGGAUGUGAUGAGCCAACACGGGCUGGGGCCCAAUGGAGGACUCGUGUAUUGCAUGGACUACAUUGACAAGAACUUCGACUGGCUGCUGAAGAAACUCAAGUCUCUGGAAAAGGACCACUACUUCCUCUUUGACUUCCCUGGUCAAGUGGAGCUCUUCACGCUGCACUCCAGCGCACAGAACAUCAUCAAGCGACUCACAGACCAGAUGCACUACAGACUAGCCGCCGUUCAUCUGGUGGAUGCGCAUCUGUGCAGCGAGCCGCACAAGUACGUGUCGGCGCUGCUGCUGUCUCUGCAGGCUAUGUUACACUUUGAGUUACCACACAUCAACGUCCUCUCUAAGAUCGACCUUGUUGAGGCGUAUGGGCCGCUCGCCUUCAACCUUGACUUCUACACGGACGUGCAGGACCUCUCUUACCUGCAGCAGCACUUGGAGGACGAUCCGCGCAACAAGCGAUACUCCAAGCUGACGUCAGCAGUGUGUGAGGUGGUUGAUGACUUCGGCCUUGUCACCUUCGAAACGCUCAACAUACAGGACAAGGAGAGUGUAUCAAAUCUUAUCCGGACGAUUGACAAGGCGAACGGCUAUGUGUUUGCGGGGAUAGAGACAAGCGCAGCAGAGUACUCAAAGAUCGCCACGCGGUCGAUGCAGUGGGAGGAGGAGAGAAUAGGGAAUGUUCAAGAGAAGUACUUCAGGGAUGCUGCAGACACUGGGAAACGAGAGGAGGGAUGAUAUGAGAUGAUUUUAUGGCGAAUCAAUACAAGAUGUCCUAUCCUAUGCAAUUGCCUCAUCUAAGGCAUUAUGGGAAAGGUUUGCAAGGUGUUGUAGUAGGGAUGUUGGGCAAGUGCCUGUUCUAAUGAGACGACAAAUGCAUGUCAU